AUGCCAAAGUCUCACCAUCGCUGCAGCUGGUCUUCUGAUCAUCGUCGAGUCACCACUGCACUUCAAAAGUCACUCGACGACCUCUGUUUGGAUUAUGUAGACCUUUACUUAAUGCAUUGGCCUGUCACACUCCCUACGGCUGGCCCAGAGACCUACGGGAAAGAGGACCGUACAGUUCAUGAUCCAGAUUGGGAUUUCACCGACACAUGGAGGGAGAUGGAGAAGCUCCUACAAACCGGAAAGGUCAAGGCUAUUGGAGUUGCAAAUUUUUCAUCUUUAAAUCUUGAAAAAUUGCUAAAAAGCUCCAAAGUUGUUCCUGCUGUUAACCAGACGGAGAUCCAACCGUUAUUGCCACAGAAGAGGCUGAAUAAAUUCUGUGUUCAGCAUGGCAUUCAUCAAACUGCUUUUGGCCCCCUGGGCGGAAGUGGCAGUACGUUACAUGAAGAUACAGUGGUCAAUGAGAUUUCAACGAAAAGGGGUUGUAGCUCGGGCAAUGUGUUACUGAGUUGGGGCGUGCGGAAAGGAUGGAGCGUCAUUCCUAAAAGCAUCAACCCCACGAGGAUCGCUGGUAAUCUGCACGGCUGCUUUGAAAUGAGUGAUCAAGAAACAGAGCAGAUAGACGCAUUGGUUGAUACACUUGGAGGGAAACGAUUCAAUGUUCCAAAUUGGGGGACUAUUCUGUUUCACGAUGAUUAUGACAGCCCCCCGCAGUAG